AUGCUGGCCUCCAGCUCUCUAUCUUCUUCACUUCAUUAUUUCCAUUCUCCACCAUCCCCCACUUUCCAAAACCUUAAAAGCAGCAGUACUAAUGAUCUCCUGCUGAUCCACAAAUUCAACACUCCAUUUGAGCUAAAACAACUCCACGCCCGCCUUAUCAAAACCAACACUCCUCUCUCUGUUCUCCCUUUAACCAAAGUUGCUUCUGUUUGUGCUCUAUCCCCUUCCUUCUCAUAUGCCCGACAUAUCUUUUCUCAUCUACUAUUUCAAACACAACAAACCUCCAUUUGGAAUUCUUGUUUAAGACAUUUUGCUGAGAGUGAUUUCCCUUUUAAUGCCCUUUUAUUGUUUUAUCAAAUGCGUUUGUUCGAUGUCUUGCCUGAUGCUUUCACUUGUUCUUUUGUCCUUAAAGCGUGUCUCAAACUAUCUGAUGUUGUGAACGGGAAAACCAUUCAUGGUUUUGUUCACAAACUUGGGUUUGCGUCUAAUUUGUUCUUGCAAAAUAUGAUCUUGAAUUUGUAUGGUCUAUGUGGGGAGAUGGGUGAUGCUAUGUUGUUGUUUGAAAAAAUGCCCCAACGAGAUGUUGUUACUUGGAAUAUAAUGAUAACCCAGUUGGUAAAGAAGGGAGAUAUUGAAAGUGCUUAUGGUUUUUUCUUGCGGAUGCCUGAGAGGAAUGUUAGGUCAUGGACUUCGAUGAUUUCGGGUUUUGUUCAGUGUGGGAAACCUCAAGAGGCUGUUGAUUUGUUUAUGAAGUUGGAAGAUGAAGCGGUGAGGCCGAAUGAGGUGACUGUUGUUUCUGUUCUUGCAGCUUGUGCUGAUCUUGGGGAGCUAGAUUUGGGGAGGAGUGUUCAUGAGUACUCGAAAAAAAGUGGGUUUAGGAGAAAUGUUCAUGUUUGUAAUACUUUGAUUGAUAUGUAUGUCAAAUGUGGAUGCUUGGAGAAUGCCAGAAGAGUUUUUGAUGAAAUGGCGGACCCGACUGUUGUGUCAUGGUCAGCAAUGAUUGCUGGGCUUGCUAUGCAUGGAGAAGCAGAGGAAGCUUUGUGGCUUUUCUCUGAGAUGAUCAAACUAGGUGUGAAACCUAAUGGUGUUACUUUUAUUGGGCUCUUGCAUGCAUGUAGCCACAUGGGAUUGAUUGAUGAGGGUCGUAGAUUUUUUGCUAGCAUGACUACGGAUUAUGGUAUAACUCCACAGAUUGAGCAUUAUGGCUGCAUGGUUGAUCUUUUUAGUAGGGCAGGGCUUCUUCAAGAGGCUCAUCAGUUUAUCAUGAGCAUGCCUAUUAAGCCAAAUGGAGUCGUGUGGGGGCUCUCCUUGGUGGGUGCAAAGUUCACAAAAACAUUGAUUUGGCUGAAGAAGCAGCAAAACACCUUUCUGAAUUGGAUCCUCUUAAUGAUGGAUCAGACCCACCCUCAGGCUGAGGAUAUAAGCCAGAUGUGGGACAAGCUAUUGGUUGAAAUGAAGCGUAGAGGAUAUGCCCCUAAUACAUCUGUUGUCCUGUUGGACAUGGAAGAGAAAGAGAAGCAGAAAUUUCUGCAUCGUCAUAGUGAGAAAUUAGCUGUGGCUUUUGGGUUAAUGACCACACCAGUGGGAACACCCAUUAGGAUUAUGAAAAAUCUUCGCGUUUGUGAGGACUGUCAUGCUGCCUUGAAACUCAUAUCAGAUAUUGCCAAUCGAGAGAUAAUCGUACGCGACAGAAACCGGUUUCAUUGUUUUAAAGGUGGCCAGUGUUCUUGUAGGGAUUUUUGGUAA